UUCAACUGUAAGGAAAGCCUGGGCACUAAUGUACCGUUGUAGUUCAUUUCAAGUCACAGCGAGGUUUUGCCAAAACGAAGUUUUGCUUAUCUGCAAACAUAAUGGCACAAAACUUCGAUUUUACAGAAGAGGAGAUCAGGAGAAAACUAGAAGAACUCGGAUAUUCUCAUAUACCUCGAGACAAGCUGAAACAAUUUCAAAGAGACUUAAAAGAGCUUAUUGAAUCAGAGAGAUCAACAUCCGAAGAAAGUGGUCUUCUUCGAAGCGAAGAAUCCCCAUCUGUUAGUGACAGUUACUACACUGACAGUUACUUAGAAAGAAGUAAAGAUACAGAAAUUUCUUCGUCUCUACAUGAUGCUUUAGACAGCAGUACAGAACCUCACCGAUUUGUUAAUAGGCACAGAUCCCCUUUGGAAGACUCAGUUUUCCCCAGACCAAAGUCAGCUCCAAGUUUGGCCAAGUCAAAGAUAAAUCAUCAACCUUAUGGCAAAGAAAAUGUUCGUCACCAUCUGGUGAAGGCACCAACAAGAGGGGAAUCUACCUCCACUGCCGAGAGCUCCCCCCAAGAACAAUCCAGACCCAGCAGUAGAAACAUUAAGAGGAAAGUUUUGAGACGAAAGGAUGGUGAACCAAGAGUCUUUGAUGAAUCUUUUACUACAAAUGAUUCUAUCACAGACAUAUCUGAUUUAGAAGAGAGACUAAGAGACCUUCCCUUGAACAAUGGUGACGUAGAUGUAGCAGAUGUUAUCAGUAUUGAUAGUGAAGGAUCAGAAGAACCCAACAACUUCAGACCAUGGGAAAAUUAUGCUGAAAGAGGAUUACCUUCCUUUAUCAGGCCAUCCAAUCGUCACCCUCACACACGGCAGUUAAAGAAGUCAGAUCCUGUCUCAAGAUAUCACCAAUUUAGGUAUGAAUGGCAAGCAAACAAAGCCCCAGGAGAGAAGAGUCACAAAAAUCUGCGAUGGAAUGUCAGGGGCAAGAUGUUGCAAUGUGAUGUGUUUGAGAAACCACAACGUAAUUUUGUUCCCAAUAACUACGUUGUGCCAACAGAGAAGAAGAGACAAGCUUUAAGAUGGGAAGUCAGGUCUAGUCUUGCAAGAGUGUGAUGUGAUCUGCUGCAUUCUAUAAAAUUCUUUUAAUUUGUUAAGAAAUAACAUGGACAACUACUGGAGGAUUGGAAUCAUGAAUAAUUUUUUGCACUCAUUCACUUAUGAAAGGUGAUUUACUAGCAGAUGUUCACAUGCACAUCAAGGGUUUGUAAUAAAUAGCUUUAUUUGAAA